GAGAAAGCGUCGAGGACCGUCAACGCCCUCAAGCCAGAACGACGAGCCGAGUGCCUUGCGCCUUCCUUCACAGAUAAACCAUGCUGUGUUUGUCAUUGGUCACCCUCAGCCUCGGAGCCUUGGCUCUCGCCAGCCCGGCCAAGCGAGCGCAAGCUCUGUCGGUCUCGCUGACCGGGCCAACCUCGGUCGAAUCCAUCGACGAGCUGAAGCUCACGGCGACGGUCAAGAAUACGGGCGCCGAAGAGGUCAAGAUUCUCAAGUACGGCACUGUCCUGGACGCGGACACACCCACUCGCUCCUUCGUAAUCUCCAAGGACGGCGUUGCCGCGAACUUCACGGGGAUUAAGAUUUCCUUGGAUCUUCAGAAAGUCGGUGAUGAAGCGUUCGUUACCAUUCCCGCCGGUCAGAGCUACACUGUCGAGCAUGAGGUCGCCUCGCUGUACGACUUCGAGUCCCUCGGCACUGGCUCGUACUCCAUCGAACCCGUGACCACCUUCCAAAUUUGGGGUAACGAGGGUGAACCCGUGUCCCGCGCCAAGGCGCAAAUCGGCGCACAGCCGGUAUCGGUCUUAGUGAAAGGCGACGUGUCCAAGAGGGAGCUGAAGGCCAAGCGCGCGACGGUUAGCUGUUCCAACUCCAGCCAGAGGAGCUUUAUCUCUUCCAGCUACACAGAGGGCAAAUCACUUGCUUCCAUCGCCUCCUCUUAUGUAUCUAGCAAUGGAGCCAAUUCUCUGUAUACAUCCUACUUCGGCAGCACCCCCACCUCGACGGUCAUCAACGUGCUUAACCGGGUCGCCAACGAGAAUUCCGGCAGCCGAACGCUGAACUGUAACGACCCGUACAGUGUCUGCGGCAAUGGCGUCAUUGCCUACACGGUGACAUCCACCACCAACAUCUACUUCUGCUCUAUCUUCUAUGACGAAGUUACGACCAGCCGCUUGUGCAGCGACACUUCCGUUGCCUCCAGGAACAUCCGCGGCGGUACCGUUUUGCACGAAAUCACUCACGCUACCUCCGGCACUGAUGACAUUGGAUAUGGCUGCUCUUACGACCAGAAUCUCGGAAGAACGAGCCCGUCCCAGGCUGCCAUUAACGCGGACAACUACAAUUGCUUCGCGACCCAAGUCUACGCCAGCACUAGAUGCUAAGAGGCUAUGAUACGUGCUGCACGACUCAAAGGUAAUAGUAUUGAAGCGGCUAGCGUGUUGUUGGACACCAUGCAAGCGGGUACUUCCCCCCAACCUGUCGUAUCAUAUGAAUACAAAAGGAAUGAAGUCGUGUCUCACCAGAGAUCCGGGAAACAGCG